AUGGACUCUUACGACGAGAUCCAUGAUGCCCUCCAGGAUGUCACCAACAACCCUGAUGAGAUCGUCGCCGACGACGAUGACGCCCAGUUUCCUGCCCAGGACAAGAAGCCAGCGUUUUUGAACCCCCAGGAGGCUGGCUGGUCGGAACCCGUUCCAUUUACUUAUGACCGCUUCGCUAUCAAGGACUUCACUGACUGGGCUGGAAUCGCGCCUCGGUACGAAUGGAAGGAAGAAUACGGUGAAGUAGGCCCUCGCAACGUGGAGCUGGAAAGGCAACUGUUCAACGCCGAGUUCGUUCCUAGAGCAGGCGAACGUUUCAAUGAGCUGCAGCAAGCUGGCGAGCAGGCCCCGUACUCGGUCAAUGUCGAGAGUGAAUUAACUCUCGAGCCCAUCACCACCUUCGAAGAAGCUGGAAUCCACCCGGCUAUGAUCGAAAAUCUCCAACUUUGCAAUUACGAAUGGCCUACUGCCAUUCAAUGCUACACGAUCCCUGCAAUUCGGGAGGGCCGGGACGUGAUUGGAAUCGCUCAAACUGGUUCCGGAAAAACUGGUGCCUUCUUGAUCCCCAUCCUCUCCAAGCUCAUGGGAAAGGCCAAGAAAUUGGCAGCACCUCGACCCAUCAUUACGGAGGACUGGGAUUCGAAGCGGCAUGGAGUCCUUGCAGAGCCCCUGGUCUUGAUCGUUUGUCCUACUCGAGAACUUGCCAACCAAAUCUUUGAUGAGGCACGCAGACUUUGCUAUCGAUCUAUGCUUCGUCCCUGUGUGGCCUACGGUGGUGCUCCGCAUAAAUCCCAGCGCGAGGAGCUUCAAAAAGGUUGUGAUAUCCUCGUCGGUACUCCCGGACGUAUCCUUGAUUUCAUGCGUCAGCCCAACACCUUGACGACCAAACGUGUUCGAUACACGGUGAUUGAUGAGGCCGACGAGCUCCUGCAAGCUGACUGGGAGAUGGAUUUCAAAUACUUGAUGUCUGGUGGAGACCAGAACGAAGAUGCUGAUCAUCGUUAUCUCAUGUUUUCGGCUUCUUUCAAUAAAGAGUGCCGAAAGCUGGCAGAGAAUUAUCUGAGCAAGGAUCACGUUCGAAUCCGAAUCUCUCGCCCAGGGAGUGUUGUAAAGCAUAUCCGGCAAAACAUUCACUGGAUUCACAAGUCCGAUAAGAAACAGGCUCUGUACGAUCUUGUCCUGAGCUUGGCACCCACCCGCACCCUGAUCUUCGUAAACAGCAAGUUGGAAGUGGACUAUGUCGACGACUACCUGUAUAACCACGGGCUUCCCACGACUUCCCUGCAUGGAGAUCGCACUCAGCCGGAGCGAGAGGAUGCAAUCCGUUCGUUCCGCACUGCCAAAUGCCCAAUAAUGGUGACCACUGGGGUGUCCGCUCGUGGCCUGGACAUCGUUAACGUCAUGCAUGUGAUCAACUACGACCUUCCCCGUGCUUCUCAGGGUGGCAUCACCGAGUAUAUGCACCGUAUCGGUCGAACUGCUCGUAUUGGUAACGUGGGACUGGCAACCUCGUUCUACAACGACAAUGAUGAAGACUUGGCCGCAGACCUCGUUAAACUGCUUAUGGAGAAUGAUCAGGAGAUCCCACCCUUUCUGGAACCCUACAAACCAUCUGAUGCGAAUUUAACCUUUGGGGAUGACUCCACCGAUAGUGAGGCUGAGAAGGGACGAGGCGAAACUGGUGCCUGGGCGGCCGGUAGCGACGACGCCGAGGAGGAGAACGAGGGAGAUGACAAGGGAGAAGACGGAGAUUCUGCAUGGGGCCAGGAUGCUGAGGCUGCCGAGUCGACUCAUGAGGAGCCUGUUGAUGAGCAGCCAGCUGCGAAGCACACGAAGGGGAGAAUGCCUGCCCCCGCUCGCCAGAACAUAAACAAGGACGAUGUUCUGUGGUGA